UCUCCCUUCCCUCUCACCACCUCCUCGUCAUCUUCAGCGUGCACGCUGCGCGUGGCCGUAGUGGGGGGUGGCCCCGCGGGCGCAUCGGCUGCCGAGGCGCUGGCCUCGUCGAGGGCCCGGAUGCGGGUGUUCCUCUUGCUGCUCGCUCGCGCCAUGGGUUCCAAAGCGUCCUUCUGCGUCACGUUCCUCUUGCUGCUCCUCAUCGUCGCUGCCGCCUGGGGACCUGCUGCACAGGCCGACGACGCUGGUAUUGCUGUCAGUUAUAUCAGUGAGAAGCAGAUGCAAGAUAAGGUCAUUGGAUUCCUUCAUGACGCUUGCUCUCAGUCAUUCUCGUUUGAACAGAAGGAUGAUGACGAUUUACUACAGCAGGCACUUGCAAUGUCAAUGGAGGGUGGUGCUUCAGGAUCUGUAGCUGUGACUGACUCUGCUAUGGCAGAAGCCGGUGCAGUUGACCCUGACUUAGUGUUGGCUCUUCAAAUGUCUGUCCAGGAUGCAAACAUGUCCAGUGACACUGAUAUGAGUAAGGUGUUUGAAGACAGAACGUUUGUGUCAUCUAUCCUUAAUUCGGAAGAGAAGAAGGAAGACAAGUCAGACAAAACAGAAGACGAGAAGAACUGCUUCAAGCUAGAGUGA